GUGACAUUUUCGGCAUUUGGAUUUUAGUUUGUUCAAUUUUGUGAAUGUGUUUAGUGCGUAAGCAAUAUUAAAGAUAUUACAAUUAGCAAAAAUCGAAUUUGAUUUAAAAAAAUGAAGUGGUAUUCAGGAGGAAUCGCCGAAGCUAUUACGCAUUCGAAAUCAAUAGGAGCCGUUUUCGUAGUCUACAUAGAAGGCACCGAUGAGACAUCGAAAAAAAUCACCGAUCUGAUAGAUAAUGGGGAGCUAGGCAGGAAAUUAGAGCAAGAUUGUUUUGUAGCCGUAAAAUUACAAGGAGGGUCCGUUGAACAUUUACAAUUCAGUGAAAUCUAUAAGGAACCUUCUAUUCCCUCUGUAUAUUUUAUUGGUAAAAAUGGCGUUCCUAUUGAGAUUAUUACCAGCAAAGAUAAAGUAGAAAAUAUAUGCAAAAAAAUCGAUGAUUCCUUGUCAAUCGCGGGAAUUAACCUACAAUCCACUAAUGCCACAUCAGCUUCUGUAGCAUCAGAAAAUUUCAUUAAGAGCGAAACCGGGGCUUCUGGCUCUUCUAAAGUUGUCUGUGAUGGUGAUGUAUGUAAAAUCGUCGAAAAUAAUAGCCCAAAUGUGGAAACAGGCGAAGAUUCAUUGAAUCGAGAACAAGAAAACAUCCAACAACAACAACAACAACAUAGUUCUAAUAAAGAAGAAACUAAUACUCCCGAAGAUGAUAAAUCGAACGAACUAUCAGUAGAAGAGAAAGUCGAAAGAGCCAAAGAAUUGCUGGAAUUGAAGAGGCAGCAAAAAGAACAAGAAGAAAAAGAGAAAGAGCGACAGAAGGAGAUCGACCGCCGCAAAAUGGGCCAGAACGCGCAGCAGCUGAAGAAAUGGCAGGAGGACCAGGAACUGAAGCAGAUGAUGGAGGAGAGGGAGCGCGAGAAGCGCGAGAACAAGCAGGCCCGGGACCGCGUGCUGGCCCAAAUAGCCCAAGACCGCGCCGAACGGCAAUCGAGGUCCCAGAUCCAACCCCAACCGGCCGCCGAGCCCGCCAAGCCGGUCUCCCAAUCGCCCCCGAAGCCCCCGUCGAACAUCACCCGGCUGCAAUUCAAACUGCCCGACGGCUCGUCGACGACGCACGAAUUUCAGAAUUCCGAUACGCUCGAGACCGUUGUUUUCUACAUCAAGACGAGUUUACAGUUACCGUUCAGCGAGUUUACGUUAUCUACAAUGUUUCCGCGAAGGGAGUUCACUGAUAACGAUCAUUCGCAAACGCUGGUGGAUCUUCAAUUGAGCCCUACGGCCGUGGUGCUCGUUUUGCCUCACAGCGGGCCCGUUGUCCCGAAUUCCAACGGGUUCUUGACCAGCUUGAUGUACGGGCUUUUGGCGCCGAUUUUGGGCAUCUUCAAUUACCUGAGGUCUUUGAUGUUCGGACAGCCGGUGGCUGCGCAGCCUCAGAAGGCGCAGAAAAGGCCGCCGCCUGACGAACCCAUGGAAUCGCGGAGGUUUCCUCAAUCGAAGAAGAAGAGUAGUGAUGGGAGUUCGGUGGUGAGGCGUCAAGGGAACAUCCACAGAUUGUCCGAUGCGACCGAUAGUGAGGAUGAGAACAACACGUGGAACGGGAAUUCGACGCAGCAAAUGUGAAUUGUUAAAUUUUUAAGGUUUAAAUGUAAGUAAGUAUUUUAAAAGGCGCAAUUUUUCGAAGAUUCUAAUGUAAUAUAUUAUUUUUAUUCUAAAUAUCUGUUUGUGUUUAAUAAAGGAUUUAUUCAUUGAUA